ACACACCUCAUCAUACUACUGAAGACAGACUGUUGUAUAAAGGCCUUGGAAAGAGCAGAUUAUUACCAGCAAGAGUGAACUGAUAACACCACCAGUCAGGAUGAGUUCCCUGACCUCUGACCUUAGCCUAACAGAGAACAUCACCACCAUCAUCCGACCCCCUUACUUCUACAUCAGUGGAUUCACAGGGAUCCCCCACAUGAAGUACUACUAUGUCUUCCUCUCCCUUGUAUACAUCAUCUCUCUGAUGGGCAACACCUUUGUCAUGAUCAUCAUCUAUGUGGACCGAAGUCUCCACAGUCCCAAGUACAUCGCAGUGUUCAACCUGGCCCUCACAGAUGUAUGUGAGAGCACGGCCCAGGUCCCCAAGCUCCUGGAUAUGUUCCUGUUCGACAGACAGUUCAUCUCCUACGACCAAUGCCUCGCCAACCUAUUCUUCGUCUUCAUAUUCCUCUUCAUGCAGUCCUUCAACCUCACCAUCCUCUCCUAUGACAGACUGGUGGCCAUCUGCUCCCCACUCAGGUACCACGUGCUGGUGACUCACAGGUCCAUGUUUCAGCUGACAGGGGCUGCCUGGGUUGGCUCUCUGUUUCCUAUGAUGAUUUCUGUGGGCCUCAUCACCCGACUCUCCUUUUGUAGGUCUGUGGUGAUCAACAGCUACUUCUGUGACCACGGCCCCCUGUUCCGCCUGGCGGCCCCCUGUUCUGACGUGCUCCCUAACAUCGUGUUGUCGUACUUAAUCCCCAGUUUAGUCCUCUAUAUUCCCAUGACCUUCAUCAUAGUAUCUUACAUCUGCAUCCUCCAUGCCCUCUUCACCAUCACACUGACCCAGGACAGACACAGAGCUGUAAAAACAUGUGUUUCACACGUGAUACUUGUGGCCAUAUUCUACCUGCCAAUUACUGUCACCUUCCUCCUCCAAUCCCUUAUUCCAACAAACCUGCGUAUAAUCAACCUCUCCCUGACCUCUGUGCUGCCUCCCAUGCUGAACCCUAUAGUUUACGUUCUGAAGACGGAGGACUUCAAGGAAACGGCCAAGAAGCUGAUCAGAAGAUGGUUUCGUAAAGCUGGUUGCUAUGGUCCCUGUGUGGCACGUGUGGUGGCGGGCCAGGAACAUAGUAGUCUGGCUCCUCUGCUCCACAAUGAACUCCUAGUGUAUGUCCUGCUGGGCCUGGCUUUUCUGGGCCAGCUGCCUGACUAG